AGGAAGUAAGAUAAAAAUCUACACGCGGAAAUGUUAUGGAAUUUUCUAUCGACUGAUGCCGACUGUCAAAAGUAGGCUUAAUCAUGUUGACACAACAUAAACUGCGCCAGUUGUGUUUCCUUUACUGGCUUCAGUAUGCAAGAAAGGUAUAUGGAAACGGACAAAGGGUUUUAAAUCCUACACGAUACUUCGGAUCUCUGGUCACCUUCAGCUCAAACGUCGUCGGACACGGAAGAUAUAUUGGCAACCUAUUCCAUCAUGACAUUGGAAGUCAAACAGUGACAUACGUUCAUCUGGCGACUAAAAGACUGUAUACAAACUCUGUGAAUCGAAAAUGUUGGAGCUGCGGUUCGUCAGCCCCUUCAUUCUUUUGCCCGUCUUGCAAACUCGUGCAGCCUCCUGCAGAUAGAACCUCUUAUUUUGACAUCAUGGACUGUGAACAGACAUUUGCUCUGGAUACCCAACGGCUCCAGCGAACAUACUUACAUCUUCAGCGCUCUCUCCAUCCUGACAACUUUACCCGGAGGACAUCGAAAGAGCAAGAAUAUUCAGCUGAACAGUCAGCAUUCGUAAACAAAGCCUAUAGGAUUCUUCUAAAGCCUUUGAGUCGUGGGCUGUAUAUGCUGGAACUCAAGGGCAUGCACCUGGAGGAGGGGACCGACCUCAGCGCUGACCCCCAGCUGCUCAUGGAAGUCAUGGAGAUCAACGAGUCUCUGGCCGAGACUCGGAGCCAGGAUGAGGAGGUCGACUCAAUCGGCCGCUCAAUGAGAGAGAGACUGAAAGACUUGAUGGGGCAAAUAAACACGGCACUGAAUGAAGGAGACCUUCAAUCAGCCAAAGCACUUCUCGCCCAAAUGAAAUACUUUGCGAACAUUGAAGAGAAAGUGAAAGACAAGCUUUCUGAACUCGCAGAGAGUGCUUAGGUACCAGAUGAGUACCUACCAUUUUUAUGGGUUCACAUACAGUAUGUCCUGUGAUAUUUAAAUACAACUUUAAAAAGCACAUUUUACAACUAGUUUUGUAUUUAUUUUGGUAAAUGUUGAAUAAGAAAUAAAUUAUGCAUUCACUUUUAGUUUAA